AUGACGGAGCGUUUGGUUUUGCUCCUAUCCUGCUGGCUGAUGGUUAUCUUGGGAUGCCUACGUACGACUGCCAGCGCCGAGCGCAGUCUUCUCCAGGCUUACCUAGAGACAUUUCCGCCUUACGGCUGCAACCGCGACCCGCAGCAGUCCCGCUUCCGCCUCGACCCGAUCUACACCGUCAGCGGCAACCGCGUGUGCAUGACUGCCCGCGUGGUGGACUGCGCCAAGCCGGGUUCGGACUGUUGUGACCCCAAGAUUGACUUUUACAAGAUCGAGCUGGACGUGAACAAGCAGUGCAAAGGCGCCGUGACGGGGGUCACGGUCAAUGGAAAACCGGCCCUAGCACCCACAUUCGACCCCUACGCCACCAACGAUACAAAGGCAGUAAUCAAGCUUACGGGCCUGAAUCUUGACCUGACGACUGCGGACGGCGCUGUGGUGUGCAUGACGCUGGGCGGCUCGUGUCCCUCCAUGGAGACACUCUGUGCGGAGGGCAACGGCUUCUGCAAGCCCCCCAGUCCGCUGCCACCCAGCCCUUCUCCACCAAGCCCUCGCCCUCCCAGCCCCCGCCCACCCAGCCCUUCACCACCGCCUCCACCGCCGCCGCCACCCCCGCCGCCGCCGUCACCACCACCUCCGCUCGCUCCCUUCACUCCUGUGAAGAUUCGGUCGCCGUUUCCAUUCUGCGCUUGCAAUCGCACCCUGCCUGGUCUGGUCCCCUUCAACUUCGACAAGACACCGUCGCUCAGCCUGAACGGAGGCAACCGCCGGUACUGCCUGACACUCCGUACAGUGCCGUGCGCGGACCCUAGCAGCCCCUGUUGCGACCAGGCGCUCUCCAAAGUGGAAUGGUGGUCCAGGGAGAGCUGUCGAGGGUCCGUACGGGCCGUGUACCUAGACGGGAUCAAGAUAGACUCGCAGUGGGGCGUCAAUGGGACGUUCAAGAUCCCCCAGCUGAACAUGGCCCCCAGCUCGGUUCCCCUCCAGGGCCGGCAGAUCGUGCCAUGCCUCGCAGACUCUGCAUGCGUGGAAGUGCCGUACUGUAUGCGGCUGGAAGCGGACUUGCCCAACCGCACCAUGCUGGUGGAUGCAGCUGGUAUGGAGCGGAUCUUCGUCUGCAAGGACUGCGAGACUGCGCUUUUGGGCGGACUUGGCGACGAGGACAUCGACGUGGCCGUGUUCCGUUUCACGCUGGGCAUUCCCGGAUUCGAUGACCGACUGAUUCCUCGCGUUGUGGGGUCUGCGCUUGGGGCGUUGUUGCUGGUGAACCACCUCGCAGGGGCGCAGCCCACGCCUGACGCGCAGCUGAGGUCGGAAUGGUUAGGAGCGUUGUUGGCGACGUUAAGUUUCUUCGUGCCUGACAUUGAGGAGCGCCUGAGGGAAGCCAUGCCGGGCCGCGGCCGCCAGAAGACCGCGGAGAACAUCGAGGGGGCCACGAACUGUUUCUUCCUCGACCCCAAUCUGCCUGAAGCCACCAAGAAGGACCUGGCAGCCCAUGGCGGUGACGAACUGGGCAAGGUCGCCUCCGGGGGCAUGCCGCAACUAUGGCUGCCGGAACGAUCUGGUUUCGGCUCCGCGGAGUUGCAGGCAAUGGCGGGGCUACCCGCGGGCGCGCAGUGUCUUCUGGCGCAGCACAUCGGCGGCUCGGCAGGGCAGUCGGGGGUGCUGCUCGUGUUUUCGGAGCGACCCAGGGCGUUUACGGAACGUGAGCGAGAGUGGGUCGCAGCGGUGGCAGACAAACUGGCCGCCUUUUUAUGA